AUGCCAGUCACGGUCUACCCAGCCCCCCACGGCGCUAAUAAGGCGACGGACUUCCGCUAUCCUGAUGAAUAUAAAGUCAACCCCCUCACGGUGAUGAGAAACACUAGCUUCGAAGAAUAUGAGGGCUGCAAAUCGAUUUUACAAUCUUCCUUCGACGGCCGCGACUUGGAACAGAUUCACGGACGCAGUAACGGCUUCGUCACAGCAGCUGUCAAGGCAUACAGCUCGCACCAUCACUUAGUGAUCCGGCCAGACGAUGUGUGGAUCAGUAUCUUGACUCAGUUCAGCUUUUACGUCAACGCCCACGCCGAGGAACUCCGCUCGACUUUCGUAUCUCAUGAUGGCAAAAAGAAACUCGUCGUCACCCGCCUCGGCGACCGGCACAGUGUCGACUUCGGGGGUGUCGCGACCGAGCUUACCGAGCUGAUGGAAGAACACAUCAACGACCCAAGCCUCCGCGGGUGGAUCAUGCAGGAUUUCUCCACAACGACCGAUAACGACCGCAUCGUCAAGGCCAUCGCCAUGAUGGGCACGCUGCAGAAAUACUUCGAGUUCGGCUGCUGCAUCACUUGCGGCCUGCCGUCCGUGACCCUGCUGGGCAAGCGAGAGGACUGGGCCAAGAUGCUUGCGGCGCUUGACCGGCUCCCAACUUUUGGAAAGGAGACGGCGGAGUGGGCUGGUGUACUCAGCGUCGUCUUAUCUCGCUUCGUUGCUACCUUUGACGAGCCGGAGAGCGAGAGGACCAAGGACUUCUGGCAGCGUAUCGCGCACUAUUCUGCCGGUGGCAGCGGGCCGAGCUACUGGUCUGGUUGGAUCACUGCGUUCUGCGUCUGGGAUGCCGAGGGCAAUUCGCUGCGGGAUAAGGGGAGAUUGCCGAAAAACUAUGGUAUGAAUGAGGCGAUUACCCUGACGAUUGAUGAGCAGCUGUUCCAUUGGGUUGAUUCGGAUGAGAUGCCGCCCGGGUAUGUGACUGUGCCGGUGACGGUGAACGACAACGGGGCUGUGUUCGUCGGUCGGAUGGUCGCCGGUGUGGUGGGAGUCAGUGUUGUGAGCAGCGGGAGGGAACUGGAACAUGGCGGCACUGGGAUGGACACGCUGCGGCCAGAGGUUGGGUGGUGGAUGUUUGAGGAUAAGGAGGCGGAACCGGAGUGGACACCGGUGCCGGAAUAA